ACCGCCACCUCCGCCGCCAGCGCCACCGCCGCGCCUGCCAUGGGGGUCGCGGGCCGCGGACGUCCCGGGGCGGCCCGGGCGCUGCUGCUCUCUCUGCCGCUUCUGCUGGCGGCCGCCGGCCCCCCGGGCCCGGGCCGCGCCGCCGGGCCGCCUGAGGACAUAGAUGAGUGUGCCCAAGGGCUAGAUGACUGCCACGCUGAUGCCCUAUGCCAGAACACACCUACCUCCUACAAAUGCUCCUGCAAGCCUGGCUAUCAAGGGGAGGGCAGACAGUGCCAGGACAUUGAUGAAUGCGAAAAUGAACUCAAUGGAGGCUGUGUCCAUGAUUGUUUGAAUAUUCCAGGCAAUUAUCGCUGCACUUGUUUUGAUGGCUUCAUGUUGGCUCACGAUGGUCAUAAUUGUCUUGAUGUGGACGAGUGCCUGGAGAACAAUGGCGGCUGCCAGCACACCUGUGUCAAUGCCAUGGGGAGCUACGAGUGCCGCUGCAAGGAGGGCUUUUUCCUGAGCGACAACCAGCACACAUGCAUUCACCGCUCGGAAGAGGGCCUGAGUUGCAUGAAUAAGGAUCACGGCUGUAGUCACAUCUGCAAGGAAGCCCCAAGGGGCAGUGUCGCCUGCGAGUGUAGACCUGGUUUUGAGCUGGCCAAGAACCAGAGAGACUGCAUCUUGACCUGUAACCAUGGAAACGGUGGGUGUCAGCACUCCUGUGAAGACACAGCUGAGGGCCCUGAGUGUAGCUGCCACCCCCAGUACAAGUUGCACACGGAUGGGAGGAGCUGCUUUGAGCGAGAGGACACUGGCCUGGAGGUGACAGAGAGCAAUGCCACAUCAGUGGCAGAUGGGGAUAAGCGGGUGAAACGGAGACUGCUCAUGGAAACGUGUGCUGUCAACAAUGGAGGCUGUGACCGCACCUGUAAGGACACCUCCACAGGUGUUCACUGCAGUUGUCCGGUUGGAUUCACUCUCCAGUUGGAUGGGAAGACCUGUAAAGAUAUCGAUGAGUGCCAGACCCGAAAUGGAGGCUGUGAUCAUUUCUGCAAAAAUACCGUGGGCAGUUUUGACUGCAGCUGCAAAAAAGGAUUCAAGUUAUUAACUGAUGAGAAAUCUUGCCAAGAUGUGGACGAGUGCUCUUUGGAUAGGACCUGUGACCACAGCUGCCUCAACUACCCUGGUACAUUUGCUUGCGCUUGUGACCCAGGGUUCACCCUCUACGGCUUCACCCACUGUGGAGACACCAAUGAGUGCAGUGACAACAAUGGCGGCUGUCAGCAGGUCUGUGUGAACACAGUGGGUGACUACGAGUGCCAGUGCCAUCCGGGGUACAAACUCCACUGGAACAAGAAGGACUGUGUGGAAGUAAAGGGGUUCCUGCCCACUAGCGUGUUGCCCCACGUGUCCCUGCUUUGCAGUAAGAGUGGUGGAGGAGACAGGUGCUUCCUAAGAUGUCACUCUGGCAUUCGUAUCUCUUCAGGACCACAAGAGGCCUACUCUGUCACCUGCGGCUCUUCUUCUUCUCUCAGGAACAAACAGCAAAACUCAAAUGACUCUGCUUUUGGGGAUGUCGCCACCAUCAGGACAAGUGUAACCUUUAAGCUAAAUGAAGGCAAGUGUAGUUUGAAAAAGGCCGAGCUGUUUCCCGAGGGCCUGCGACCAGCACUACCAGAAAAGCACAGCUCAGUAAAAGAGAGCUUCCGCUACGUAAACCUUACAUGCAGCUCCGGCAAGCAAGUCCUGGGAGCCCCUGGCCGACCAAGCACCCCCAAGGAAAUGUUUCUCACUGUUGAGUUUGAGCGUGAAACUUACCAAAAGGAGGUGACAGCUUCUUGUGAUCUGAGCUGCAUCGCAAAGCGCACUGAGAAGCGGCUGCGGAAGGCGCUGCGCACGCUCAGGAAGGCAGUGCACAGGGAGCAGUUUCACCUCCAGCUCUCAGGCAUGGACCUCGAUGUGGCUAAAAAGUCUCCCAGAGCAUCUGAGUGGCGGGCCGAGUCUUGUGGAGUGGGCCAGGGCCAUGUAGGAAACCAGUGUGUCAGUUGCAGGGCUGGAACAUAUUAUGAUGGAGCACAAGAACGCUGCAUUUUAUGUCCAAAUGGAACCUUCCAAAAUGAGGAAGGACAAGUCACUUGUGAACCAUGCCCAAGACCAGAAAAUAUUGGGGCCCUGAAGACUUCAGAAGCCUGGAAUGUGUCUGAAUGUGGAGGUCUGUGCCAACCUGGUGAAUAUUCUGUGGAUGGCUUUGCACCUUGCCAGCUCUGUGCCCUGGGCACAUUCCAGCCAGAAGCGGGCCGUACUUCCUGCUUCUCCUGUGGAGGAGGCCUCCCCACCAAACAUCUGGGAGCUACUUCCUUCCAGGACUGUGAAACCAGAGUUCAGUGCUCACCCGGGCAUUUCUACAACACCACCACUCACCGGUGUAUCCGAUGCUCAUCGGGGACAUACCAGCCUGAAUUUGGAAAAAAUAGCUGUGUUUCCUGCCCAGGAAAUACUACAACUGACUUUGAUGGCUCCACAAACAUAACCCAGUGUAAAAACAGAAGAUGUGGAGGGGAGCUUGGUGAUUUCACAGGAUACAUCGAAUCCCCAAACUACCCAGGCAACUACCCAGCUAACACCGAGUGCACUUGGACCAUCAACCCACCCCCUAAGCGCCGCAUUUUGAUUGUGGUCCCUGAGAUCUUCCUGCCCAUAGAGGACGACUGUGGAGACUACCUGGUGAUGCGGAAAACUUCUUCAUCCAAUUCUGUGACCACGUAUGAAACCUGCCAGACCUACGAACGCCCCAUCGCCUUCACCUCCAGGUCAAAGAAGCUGUGGAUUCAGUUUAAGUCCAAUGAAGGGAACAGCGCCAGAGGGUUCCAGGUCCCGUAUGUGACAUACGAUGAGGACUACCAGGAGCUCAUUGAAGACAUAGUUCGAGAUGGCAGGCUCUAUGCAUCCGAGAACCACCAGGAAAUACUGAAGGAUAAGAAACUGAUCAAGGCUCUGUUCGAUGUCCUGGCCCACCCUCAGAACUAUUUCAAGUACACAGCCCAGGAGUCCCGAGAGAUGUUUCCAAGAUCCUUCAUCCGGUUGCUACGUUCCAAAGUGUCCAGGUUCCUGAGGCCUUACAAAUGACUCUGCUGUGCCGCUCAGCACAGCGCUCUGCUGGGGGCUGGGUGGGUCAGAGCCGUCCGCCUUCUGCAUGCCACUGCGGGGCAUUCGCUGCUGCAGUAUCAGUGACUCGUUAGAGUUCAAUUUUUAUAGAUAAUACAGAUAUUUUGGUAAACUGAACUUGUUUUUUCUUUGCCACCAUUGUGGAGUGGACUGAGCCUGGCUUUGAGUGGCCCCAGCUUCUCACUGCUGAGGGCAGAUGUCUUAGAGGCAGGAAGGGCAGCUGAGCUGGACUUCAGACAGUGCAGGUGAGACUCACCGUCCACCUGGUCCUCCCACUCCUCCUCCCGGACCCUGUGGUGAAGAAGAGGCAUGGAAGGGGCUGCUCUGUCUGAAGCUUCGGCUUCAUCCAGCCCACAUACAGGCUCCAAGGGAGCAGAACAGGCCUGAAGGGAGGUGGGGAGCCCUCCGGGGCGCCCGUCCACACUGAGACCCAGUAGGACUCAUUCCCCACAGCCUUCACCCCACAUGGUGUGUGUGAUCUCAGGAGCUUGAGUUCUAAAUGACAGACUUUAAAAAAAUACUGAAAACAGAAGGAAUAAGAUAAAAACCUAGGCCCUUCUGCUGACAUGAGUGUGUACCUAUGCCUGCCUUCCUAGCUGCCUGCGGUACCCCGCAGCCAAUGCACAGAGCAGGUGUUUAGACAGAGCUGAGUGCUGCACUUGGGCUGGACAUGAUCUCAAGGAGGCUGAGAAUCACCCACGUCACAAGGAGAUCUCACCAACCCCAAGUCAGUACUGCCAAAGGUCUUCCUUCUGCCAGGUGCUUCCUACCACUGGGGCCGCGGUCCAAGGAUGCCCAGCUGGUCUCUGAUGCUUUCCUUCCCCACCGUCCAGGGGCAGAGCGGGCUCUGCUCCCAGGACCUGAGCAGCACUGCUAGGGAAGCGCUCGCUGUCUAGUGUCCUAACAGGCACAGUUGUGACUGGCCUCCCUAUGCCAUCUCACUUUGACUAGCACAAGGGCACCUCAUAUCAGUCUCUCCCAUAUGAGCUUACAUUUCCAAUAGUAUUGAGUUUUCCAACAUUUAAACCCCUAGGGGAAAUCUCAUUACAAUGGAUUGAAAAACACCCUCUCAACAAGCUGCCACUUCCCUGAGGGAAGGACUGACCGAGGGGCCAUAGUGUUUUGUGAUUUCAAUGUCUUCAUGCAAUUGAUUCUCUACACCAAAGUACUAAAAAAUGAGUGUAACAAGUAUUUUUUUAAGAAUACAAAGCCUAUCUCAUUAUUGAACUUUCCACCUCAGUGAGAUUUUUUUAAAAUUCAUUUAGUAACAUCAAUUUUUUUGUAAGUCCUGAGACUUCCUCUUUAUUUGGAAUGUUCCUAAAUGUCCAUUUUCAGAUCUUUCAUCAAAAGUUUAAGUGUCUUCAUUAAAAAAACAUAUCCGGACUGGGGAUAUAGCUCAGUGGCACAGUGUCUGCCUGGCAAAUGUGAAGUCCUGAGUUCAAUUCCCGGUACCAAGAAUAAUAAAAAUAAUAAAAAUAAAAUCACUGAAACAAAGCA